UGCUUGUAUCGGCGCGUGCGCAGUAGAUCUCCGAAAGUAUCGCUGAUCGGAGAGAACGAGGCGCAGAUGAACGGCUCGAUCGACUGCGCGAGACCCGAUGAGGUAUGUAAUAUAAUAAUUCAUAACCACUGAAGACAUGGUUGAAAGACUGGAGUUUUGACAUUUUAUGUAACCCAAGCUCUUCGUAACGAUGAAACUUCUACUUCCGACUUCUACGGACAACAAAGUAAUUUUUCUUAUUUAAAAAUGUGAGCCAUUGGUUCAACGUCCAGACUCUUCCUGGCAUGACUCAAAACCAUUUGAGUCUCACAAAUCUAUUAGUAAUACGGGAGAAUCCAGAGAACGGGAUCAGACAUGACGGAUGAGCUGAACAGGGCGUCAGCUGAACCGGAGACGAUGCAACCGGAAGAGACUGUGCCGGUUGGAGCAGACGUUGUUACUGUCAUUGAGUAUAAUGCAGUGGAGAACAGUGAGCCUGCAAAGGUGACGGUUGAGUUGCUACCCGAAUGGCUGAUGCCAAUGGAGGAGGAGGAAUAUGGUGGUGAAGGUGUCAAGAGCAGUGAAUGGAUCACCAGAAAGACCAAUAAUAAUGUUCCUAAAGUAAAACGACGUAGAGGUCGGCCUCCGAUUGCCAGAAAUGCUAGACAUGGACUUACUCGUUUAGAUUUCAAGAAAGGAUUGCAUGCAGAUCGCCCUAAAAAGACUGUUCGUAAUCUACUGGAAAGAACAGGUUCAAGUCUCACAUCAGCUACUGCCAUUCCCAUCCCAGAUCCAAUCCGCACACCUGAGGUUUUACCCCAAACACCCCAGAGCAUCAUCCCCAUCUCACCUAUAGGGGACAGCAGCCUCUCCAAGAUCCCCGGCGCUGAGUUUCACAGCCCUUCACACCUCACGAGGGUCUCGCCGCACAGUAUCGACAAAUCUGCUACACGGAAUUUCAUUCACUCUCCGGCUGUAAAAGUGGGUAAUGUUACCCAACAGAUUGUUUCCUCUAUUGGACCUGGGAAAGAUGGCACUGAGCCACCCCUUCGACUCUGGCUUUGUCCCUCUCUGGAGCCCAUUAGUCCUACAAAAUCUCAGGAUACAUUUUCAGAACAGACUGUACGUUUACCAGAGUUUCCGGAGACUAGGCAUAAUGGAACAGUGACCCUUAAGGAAAGUCUUCCUUUUCUCAGUAAAUGUGAAAGCUGUGGCAGCCCAUUUUCUGCUCACAAGAUCGGAGACACAUUGUGUUACAGAUGCUACGGGACUAAACCAGAGAAGAAGCACUCUCCUCCAAAUAUCGUGUUUAGGAAGGUGGGGCAGGAUCAGUGGGAGGUUGGGAAAACAAAACAUCCAAGAAAACAAAUGCUGAAACAACAUCCCAAAUUCAAGAAAAUUGUAAAAACGGAUUUUGUCCCUGAUGGUGACGAGGAUGAGGAUGACUGGGCUGCAAAGAAACGCAAUCGCAGAAUGUGCCAGCAGUGUGUUGCGUGUCUUCGGGAAGACGACUGCGGCAAAUGUGACUUCUGCAUGGACAAGCCCAAGUUUGGUGGCAGUAACACGAAAAGGCAGAAAUGUCGCUUGCGUCAGUGCAAGUUUCAGUCAAAGCUUCAUGGUCAUAGAGCAAAUGGAAUGCUAAAUCCAUCCCUUCCACAAAGAAAGAAAAAUGUAAAGCCCAAGCUCAAGAGACGCGGGAGACCGAGAAAAAGGAAAUUCAAAAGAGACCCCUGGGAGGAUGAUGACGAAGUGUCUGAUAAAGAUGAGGAUGAUGAAGACGACGACGACUUGAGGCAUUAUAAGAUGAAUGGCAGGAAGGGAGGAAGGAGGAAAUGGAAUUACACUUUUAAGGAAGAUGAAGAAGAUGUGUUCGUUGAGACCGUGAUUGAUGACGAAGAGCCGUCCAUCACAGAGGAGGGUCCUGAUAUUUUAGGCAGUGAGAGGUCCGUGAUGGUGUCUAAUGAGAUGUACUCAAACACCUCUGGUCUCAGUGCUCAGGGAUUGUACUACAACGUGUCAGGGGUGCCGGCAGCCCCUCAUAUGCUUGGAUCAGUACCUCUGUGUAACAACAAUCCACUGCAGAUGGGUGAGGGGAUCAGCUCUCUGCCCAUGGGGGACGAUGUGACUCAGAACGGGUUUCUUCAGAUUGAGAUGGUGAGAGUGGGAUCCCCACCGUCACAUUACACAGAAGAAGCUCAGAGCACAGAGCAGCACGUGUCCGAAUCUCAGCUGGAGUCCACGCCGGUGAUCACUCAGAUCUUCAGUCUGGCGGGACGAGAGAACGACUGCGACCGAGACCAAGGCCUGAUGGAGCUGUUCACUUCCCUAGGCCAGACCGUGCUGCCCGCUCACUGGGUGGGCGUCAUGUCCAAAGGCCCCGUCCUCCAGCUCCUGCAGUGCUCCAAACUCUCCACCAUGGCUGACACGGUGGUCCAGAUCGAGAAGGGCUUCUUCUACCAGGUCAGUGUCCAGAACCAGCCUCUCCUGCUCAUGCACGCCGUCUACUCACGCCACCCCACCUGCCUCGAAUCGGUCGAUGACGUGGUGUCGCUCUUGCUAGACCUGGAGGGGCUGGGUGUGUGUCAGGGCUACCAGAACUUCCACAUGGGUCCGCCGUGGGAGCCCAGAAUGAGCGUGAGAGCGGCUCUGUGCGAUCUGCUCAUUCCCAAGGACGAGGAACAGUGUCCGAAAUGCACACAGCCUGUGGAGAGUUGAACGGAGAAGUUACACGGAGAAGGUUUUUUAACAUCGAGAACUAGUACAAAACUCUUGGACUAGUUCUCAUAGUGCAGUCAGAGCUGUUUCUGACCUCAUGAUGAAUCAACAUCUAAAAUGGUGCUUCUUUUUUUAUUUCUUUUUAGAAGUUAGUGGCACAGCCUUCAAAAAACAAUGAGUUUUUCCAAAAUCCCUUCCUUCCGUUGCUCUCCAGUUGGGAUUCGGAGAUAAAUACAUUCAGAUCUCAUUUAAACUACCUCUCAGUCACUUUAUGGACCAAUUUAAACCUUAAACCAACCAGGUGCCCUUAUUGUAGUUAAUUGUAAUCUUAUUGUAAUACCAUGAAAUGCAUAGAAGCUUGUUUCCACCAUUGGAUAAAAAAAAGAACAAAAAAUGUUUUAUCACCAAUUCAGAACUUUUUUUUUCUUGCAAUUAUAAGUUCAUAUAUAAUAGUACAGAUUAUUAUUAUUAAUUUUUUUUUUGUAAUUGCAAGAUAUAAACUCAUGAUUCUGAGAAUUGUCUGAAUUGUGGAACAUAAACUCGCUAUUGUAAGAAAAUAGAAUUUACUUUUUUUAUUAUUUUGUGGCAGAAUCAAUAAAACAGAAUUGUGAGUUGAAAAUGAAUUACAAGAUGUAAAAUUGGACGAACUUCAGAAUUCUGAGUUAGUAUCUCUCAAAUCUGAGAGGGAAAAAGACUGAAUUAUGAGAUAAAGUCACAGUUACCUUAUUAUUAUUUUUAUUAUUUGUUCUGUAACAAGAAUGGGCUUCCUGUUUCUGUGUUCUGAUCUGCCUUUGUUGUGCUAAAUUUGGGGUUGUACAUUCAAACUUAGUUGUUUGAAAUCAGUUUUAAACAGAAAACAUUCAACCUUUAAAAAUAGUUUUUUUAUUCCUUGCACUCUAUUUAAUUUUUACCCCAAAACAAGCACACUAUCUGUCAUAAUGUGUUUCAGGAUUCUCAUCACGUGAGUGUUUUUAUGCAACAGAAGAUGCACUUCGGUCUUUUAGUUAUGUCCUAUUGUUAAUCACACCUGCUUUAAUGUGACUGAAUUGUGUUACGCAUGAUAAAGCAGUCCACAGCGCAUCUGUGUGUGUUUUUACUGUUGUGUGUAUCAUUCGUAGCCUACAGAAGACAUCCGACUGGAGGACAUUUCACUGAUUGGCUUUCAUACGGUUUACCUAUAAUGUAAUUCUGCCUAGGAGAUAAAUCAGUGCAGUUGACAUCUGACUAGUUUUUAUUUCUACCCCUGGAGAUCUGUACAAAAUAAGCUGUAAAAUAUACCUAAUAGUCUGAAAUUAUUUAUAAAUAGAGGAUGUAAGCUAGAGGUGUUUCUGAGGGCACUUAUUGUAAAUCUUUUGGUCUGUUUAACCAUGAGUUUUUGCAACACUGUAAAGUAAGGUUUUUAUGAAGGGUGCGUAAAAUAAAGGUUUCUUUCUUUUUUUUCAGAA